GAUACACUCUGAUGCGAUUAGGCAGAAGCGAAGCUGAAGAGAUAAGAUUGUUGAUUCGUAUUUUGGAAGAGGAGCGUAAACUGCUGUAUUUAAAUCGUACUUGUACUGUUCUGUUGUCUUAAAUGGAAACCGAGAAGUAUCCACGAUCUUCUAUCGAAGAUGAUUUUAACUACGGGACAAAUGUGGCGACAGCCAGCGUCCAAAUCCGAAUGGAUUUUCUGCGGAAGGUGUACAGCAUCCUUUCCAUUCAGAUUAUUCUGACCACAGUGACUUCAGCUGUCUUCAUGUACAGUGACUCCAUCAAGAACUUUGUUCACGCAAGCCCUGCUCUGGUUUUGAUAUCGGCUGUUGGCUCUCUCGGUCUUAUCUUUGCCUUGGCCAUCUACAGACACCAGCACCCAGUCAACCUUUACCUGCUCCUUGGCUUCACACUUUUUGAAGCUGUGACUGUUGCUACUGCAGUCACGUUUUACGAGUACUCUGUGGUACUCCAGGCCUUUGCCCUCACUGCCGCUGUGUUCGUUGGCCUGACCGCCUACACCUUCCAGUCAAGGAGGGACUUCAGCAAACUAGGAGCCGGGCUUUUCGCUUGCCUGUGGAUUUUGAUAAUUGCAAGUUUCAUGAGACUGUUUUUCCACAAUGAGACUGUGGAGCUGGUGUUGGCUGGUGCUGGAGCCCUUGUGUUCUGUGGCUUCAUCAUCUUUGACACCCACCUGCUGAUGCACAAGCUCUCCCCUGAGGAGUACAUCCUGGCCUCCAUCAACCUGUACCUGGACAUCAUUAACCUGUUCCUGCACCUGCUGCGCCUGCUGGAGGCGAUGAAGAGGAACUAGACUGCCAGGCAAGAGCAGCUCAGCCAGCGCCUUGGGUUACAGGAUCAGCCGUUAUGUUUUAGUACUCAUACUUUCCAAUACUGGCUACAAAUUCUUAAUGAAUUCCAUCUGAGUGCCGCAAGAAUAACACCUCCGUAUCUUCUGCACCUCUGAGUUCUGAAGUCAUUCAGUUUGAAUUCAGCCCUGUUAAUUCAUCAUGAUUUAAAAAAACAUUCAGGUUCCCCUUUCCCCUCCAUCCGUUCCUAAUGAAUUCACUUUGUUCUUCUCUAAUUCAUACCCUCUUACUCACCCACCGGGAGACUGUGAGAAGAGUUCAUUCAUGCAUUUAUGUGAAUGCAUGCCUUAUACAUGGGGUUAACAUCACUUGUUGCAAAGGAACAUGGAGUGAAUAUAGGUAAUUAAAGGGCUGAAUUCAAAAUGAAUGACUUCAGAACUCUGAGGAAGUGCAGAUAUUUAGGUGUGUUCCUGUGGUGUUCAGUCAGAAUUAAUUAUGAAUUUAUGGCCAUUGUUUGUAUUUACCAAUUCUAUUUUUUUGCAACAGUUCUGUUAAUUAUGAUUUAGACUCUGUAAAGAUGCAAUAUUACUACAAACGAUAUAUUACUAUUUGUUUUCUAAUGUAUUUAAUACUGGGAAUACUGUGCUUAUUUUAUACAUUAGAAUAUGUUAAUAAAUUGGCAUCUGUCUGGG